GGGGCGGCGGUGGGAGGGGGGGGGGGGUGACUAGUCUCUCCAGAGAGCGAGGGGGCGAGGGAGAGCGAGAGACAGACGGGUGGGGGGGGGGGGGGGGGCGAGCCGACAUGACGGAGCGUCCGGUCGUCGCGGCGAGGCGCGCCCGGGCCAUCGCGGCCGAGGCCCUGGUGGCGCUGCUGGAGAGCGGGCUGGACCGCGUGCUGCUCAUCGACAGCCGGCCCUUCGUGGACUACAAUGCGGCGCACGUCCUGGAGGCGGUCAACGUCAACUGCUCCAAGCUGAUGAAGAGGAGGCUGCAGCAGGACAAGGUGCACAUCGCAGAGCUGCUGCAGCACUCCGCCAAGAGGAAGCUGGAGCUCCAGGGCGACCAGGAGGUGGUGGUGUACGACCUGGGCUCCACCGACCCCGGGUCCCUCCCCUCGGACAGCUUCCUCAGCGUCCUGCUGGCCAAGCUGGAGCGGACCUUCCCCUCGGUGCACCUGCUCGCAGGUGGGUUUUCCCAGUUCUCCCAGUUGUUCCCGGGCCUGUGCGAGGGGAAGGCCACGCUGGCCCCCUGCUGCGCCUCGUCCUCCCAGCCCUGCCCGCCCGUCACCAGCCCGGGGCCCACCCGCAUCCUGCCCCACCUCUACCUGGGCUGCCAGAGGGACGUGCUCAACAAGGACCUGAUGCAGCAGAACGACAUCGUCUUCGUGCUGAACGCCAGCAACACGUGUCCCAAGCCCGACUUCAUCUCCGACACACACUUCCUGCGCGUGCCCGUCAACGACAGCUUCUGUGAGAAGAUCCUGCCCUGGCUGGACAAGUCGGUGGAGUUCAUAGAGCGGGCCAAGGCGUCCAACGGCCGGGUGCUGGUGCACUGCCUGGCGGGCAUCUCCCGCUCGGCCACCAUCGCCAUCGCCUACAUCAUGAAGCGCAUGGACAUGAGCCUGGACGAGGCCUACAGGUUCGUCAAAGAGAAGAGGCCCACCAUCUCCCCGAACUUCAACUUCCUGGGCCAGCUUCUGGACUUCGAGAAGAAGAUCAAAAGCCCCGUCGCUACGGACGCCAGGUGGUCCAACUCCGUCCAAUCAGAGGCGGCGGCGGAGGCGGAGCCGCCGGGGGCGCCCCGCGAGGCCGAGGGUGACGGCGUGGGCGGGGCCUGCCCGGAGACGGAUGCGGCGGCGGCGGCGGCGGCGGCGUGGCUAGAGCCCCUCACCCUGCCCUGCGUGCUGGCGGCGGGCCCCGAGGACCGGCUGCUGGCCCGGGCCCUCGGCGGCCUGCAGCUGGCCGCCGAGGGCCCCGAGGACAGCGCCCGGCUCAAGCGCUCCUUCUCCCUGGACAUCAAGUCGUACGGCGAGCUGGGCGGAGCCAGCGGCGUUGGCGUGGGCGUUGGAGGAGCAGGCGGCGUUAGUGGGGGCGGUGGCGGCGGAGGAGGAGGUGGAGGAGGUGGAGGAGGUGGAGGUGCGCCUCACCGCGUCUUCGCCCCGCAGGGCGACGCCCCCGAGUACUUCAAGCCGUCGGCCUUCAAGGAGCCGGCCAGCAAGCCCUGCCAGUUCUCCCCCGUGGAGGAGGUGUCGGAGCAGUCCACGCCGGAGCACAGCCCGGACAAGGAGCGGGCGGACGGGCCCCGGGACCCCCCCGGCCCUCCCCAGAACUCCACCAACACCAACAACAACACCACCUCCUCCUCCUCCUCGUCCUCCACCUCCACCUCCGCCGCCAAGGAGCCCGGCCCCAAGCCGGCCCGGCUGCACCGCAGCGCCAGCCGGGAGGAGGCGACACACGGCGCCCAGACGGCCAGCUUCCUGCUGGGCCUGUCCCGCAGCCAGCAGCACCUGGCCCGCCCCGGCGCCGGGGGCUGCGCCCUGAAGGGCUGGCAUUCGGACAUCCUGCUGGGGCCCGUCGCCGUGUCCACGUCCUCGCUGGCCGCCGGCUGGUACCUCUCCGCCGACGCCACGCGCUUCUACUCCACGUCCGCCGUCCUGGGCGGCGCCGGCGGGAACGUCGGGAACUUCGGGAACGUCGGGAACGUCGGCAACGUCGGGAACGUCGGGAACGUCGGCGGGGGCUUCGCGGCCUACAGCUGCUCUCAGGGUCUGGAGGCGGUGCGGCGGCGGGGGCGCCAGAAGAGCGGCGACCACGGGGACUCGCGGCGGAGCUGGCACGAGGAGAGCUCCUUCGAGAAGCAGCUGAAGAGACGCUCCUGCCAGAUGGAGUUUGGCGGCGGGAUGCUGGAGAGCCGGUCCCGGGAGGAGAUGGGGAAGGUGGGCAGCCAGGCCAGCUUCUCCGGCAGCAUGGAGAUCAUCGAGGUUUCCUGAGGGGGAUUGUAGUCCUAAGAACCUGGGGAUUGUAGUUCUUUUUCUUUUUGUAUAGACUUGAAUGGAUUUUUUUUUUCUUUUUUGGAAUGGAUUUGGUUUUUUUGCGUUCCCGCCUAGUUGGGAUAACAUGGAAGACAAUUAAUAUAACCCAGGUUAGACCUUGAACUUUAGUGGCACUUUAAUACAGGAAGUGCGUUUCUUCAGUGGGCCUUAAAUGUAGUGAAGCGUGACUCUCGCCUUGGAAAUGGCGUCGUGUUUUUUCCGAGUGGGAAGGAGAGGAACGCGUUAGGUUGUACAAAAAGAAAAACUGUUGUAUUACUGACGACUGAGCCUUUGAAUGUUUUGUCUGCGUUUCUGAUCAUCUUUUAAUUCUCAAUCGCCCAUUACAAUUGCCUGACAUAAGACAUUUUCUCAUCAAUACAAGAAACGUAAACCGAAGUCUGGUGAUGUUGAACUGGAAAGAAAAGGAGGUUUAUCAAAUAUUUUUUUGCUUCUCUGCAAGGUGUCAACAAUCCAGAACCUCACGAAGUUUUGAAUAUUAUUUUUUUCAUUGAAAACUCUCAACUGAGCUCAUAGUUAAAACUCAGGUCCUAAUUUGAGCUGCAGGAAGAUACUUCUGAACUCCUGCGACCGACGAGGUGAAAUUAAUACAAAGGAUUUCUAACGAACUGGAAAGAAAUGAAGGUUUUGGGAAACCAAAAGUGCUUGUUGCUUGAAAGAUUUUUUUUUAAAUACUUAAUUUCCACCAGUAUGUAUUUGAAAAGUAAACGUAGCUGGGACGUCAGCUGUCUGGUAAAGAAAGGUUAACUUCAGUGAUGCGUUCAAGUCCUGUCUGAAAAGGCAUUCACUAGACAGGGUUGCAGAGAGUUGGCAGAAAGGGGUCAGAGCGUUGGAGGACUUCAGAAAGAAGUUCUCUAAACAGGCAGAAACGGAGGGUAAGUGAGUAAGUUAGUAAGAGCUUUUCAUAUCAAAGAGGCUGGGACUCUUGUUCAAAGAUCUAACAGCCUUGACAGAGAGUUUACCGAGUGUUUAAAACCGCUUUUUAAAAGACAUUUCAAAAUAACCUUGAGGUCCUUGGCUCCGGUUUGGUAGUCCUGGCAUUUACUUGUGGUUAUCGUUGCACUUUUGCAGUUUAAUUCAAGUCGAGUGGAACAUAACAGCUUGUGCACAUGAUUGAGCUGUUUGUUGGGGCAAGAAACGCAUGGAUGGAUGGGUGUUGGUUUAAAAACAUUGAAGAUUCCAGAAGUGCAUUUACAGUUCAAUCAUUUAAACGCAAAUUCCCGAUUGAGGGGGGAGCUUAUACACUAAUUAUAGUAAAUGAGGAGGUAGUUGUUGGCGUGCUUGUGGUAUCUUUGUGUAGCACGUCAAAAACCUCACACAUUGUAUACUGUACUUUGUUUCAAUGGAGCCCCUUUUCCCUAGCCUAGGAACCAGACGAUUCUGCGAGCCCAUGUUGUGUUUGGUCUGUCGUAUGCGUCUUGCGUCUUGCCCCCUCUCACGUUCAGACAGAUUUCCAGCAUGCCUGGACCGGGUCGGGCCAAUCACCACCGUUGAUCUAAUAUGGGGCGGGUUUGAUACGUUGACUGAUCAGAGGAGCGCCCUAUGGGAGCGCGGUUGUCAUUAAGAACCAAGAUGGCUGCCACUGAUGUGUCACACGUCUCCCGCUCUGAUUGGUUGUAGGUCUAGCCAAUUGCAUCCGAAGGCCUUUUGUUCUACGCCUUUAAAAGACAUUGAAAGUGAAAUGAGGGGUUCGAGACUAAUACGCGUUUGUGCCUUGGUCUGGCCAUGUCAGGCUGCGUUCUUCCCCUACAGAGAAAAAAACAUCUGUUUAAAUAGCAGGUAGACGUGUAUACAUGAUGCAUCGUUCAUACGUGCUAUGGGCCGGUGUCCAGAGAUGUUAUCCUUGGUAUACAGGAAGUGAUGUCAUGCAACAAGCUGGGAAAGUGAUCCAUCCAUCAGCGACUGUGUUAACUGAUGCACUCAGCGAUGAGCUGAUUAAAUCCCUUAUUUUCAUUGGCCUGUUUUGUUUCUCUUACUUCACUCUGGCUUUAACUCUCCGACCGUUUCCAAAUGAAAACAACCGGGUUGUGGUUGACGUUGCCUGACGAGACUUUUACUGCCUAAAUUUGAGGACCCCCCCCCCCCCUAUUGUACACUUGGUAGUGCCCAUGGUUAUAAACAUGAUUUGGGUUUUUAUUUUUUUCCCAUUGGAUGGGGGAAAUUGACUACCUCAUGACUAAUUGGAUGUUGAGUUUAAAGUCGGUUAAUUCCGAAACAAAUCAGAGUGGACAAUGUCGUCCUCAAAACAUUGUUCUAAAUGUACAAAUUUUAAAUAUAUAUAAAUAUCGAAUUGUGGACAUGCACUUUAAAAACAAAGAAUAAUUCUGGGGGCGAGCUCUCGUGUGGACCCCCCCCCCCCCCCCCCAAAAAAAAAAAAAAAACGUUACCAUGGCUACGCUCUUAUUAAUGGAUAUAAGGACCGGCCAAAGCAUCAUCAUCACGAAUAAAUAUUCAAGUCAUUGUUUUCCUCCUGUUCAGAGGAAAUAUCAAAUCACACACAUCUAAAGGGACUUUAGUCACCUAGCCGCCAUCUUGGUUAUUAGCAAAUUUAGAACCAAAAUGGUCGUUAUGUGAACAAGGCACCUGGUGCUCUGUUGACCCCCCCCCCCCCCCCCCCCCCCAUGUUGAGUUCAAGUUCAAGUUCAAGUCUUCUUCAAAACAACACUUGUCUCAAUGCCAGCUUUGAUCCAUUUCAUGUUAAAGGUCUGAGUCUAAUAAGCUCGAUGUGCAUCUUGACCCUACACCCCCACUUCAAAGGGGAGAAGGACGUUUAAGACGAACCCUAGCGUGUUUGAAGUUUUGAGUGAUUGACGCUUUAUAAAUGAACUUGGGGACACAUAUUGUUGGAGUGGGAAAAGAUGUUGUGAAAAGUGUGGACGCACCCAAUAUUAAAGGCCGGAUAUUUCUUUGAUGUCAUUAAGAGUGAUCGGUUUUGCUUAUGAACACAGUCACACAGGACGCAAUGUUUCAUGUUUUUAAAGGAAUACCACAAAAGACUAUAAAAGACAUGCUAUUCCCCCUGAUGUCUAGGAAUGCCUUAAAAGGAACCCCAUCCAAACAGCUUGUGUUAAACAGUGUUCUCUAAUAUCACCAUCCGAGUACUUCAUCUUUGUCUAGAGAAGUUGAGCAUGAACGCGUUUAUUGUGCAUUUGAAGGUUACUCCAAAGCUGUGAACCUGUGCGUGUGUGUGUGUGUGUGGGAUCAAGUGAGGUUAACAGACAGGUGUGUGUGUGUGUGUGUGUGUGUGUGUGUGUGUGUGUGUGUGUGUUUGCUGGGGUUAUGGAUUUCUGCCAUAAUGUUGAUUACUACGCGCCAUCCAUUUGGUUCGUACCUAAAGCAAUUAUCCCAAACGCCACUAUAAUCCAAUAGAUUUAAAAAAUACACAUGAACAUAAAGCAAAGCCAUUGAUUCACUAGUUGGUCGCUUUACUUGACCGAUAGAGAGAGGCCCGCCCGACAUAGGGAGACGGAUAGACAUAUUCAGGAUUCACACACUUUAGAUUAUUGAUGGUACCUGUAUGAAUCUAUGUGGGAGAAGGCCUGAGAGUGUGAGAUUAUGUGUAACUUUUUCUUUGUUGUAAAUGUGCACAGUUUUAUGAAGUAAAAAAAAGCAGUAGAUGUAUGAUUACUAUUGAAAUAAAAUUUGAAAUGAUAA